UUCUCUGUGACAGGUUUCUCACUAAGCCAUGAAAAGAAAAAGAACGUCAACUGCCUCUGAUGCCCAAAAUGGUGACAAGGAAGCAGAGGAACUUGCCAAAGAAGAAAUUCGAGGCUGGGAAGAUCUCCCAGAACCCAUCUUUCUCACAAUUCUGCUUCAAAUUCCCUUGAAGACAAUUCUCAUUUGCAGGUGCGUGUGCAAACCUUGGCGCAGGCAUAUCUCCAGUUCCCAAUUUGCUAAGUUGUACUCUAGAAAAGCACGUGCUUGUCUCAUGAUUCGAACCGAUGAUCCUAAACUUGUUUCAAGAAACAUCCACCUCCUUGAGCUUGAACAUGAAAAUUUCGAUUUGGGCCAUGACCUUCGUGUAAACAUGAAACUUGACACCAAAGUCAAGCUUCCAUUACGUGAUGCCAAGAUGGUACUCAACAGCAAAGAUGCCAGUGAGAAGCUUAAUCCUAAAGGGGGAGUCAGAAAGAGUGUUUCAUUGCCUCAAAAGACCUCAAAGACCACAAGUUUGGCUUAGUGAACCCGUGUGAAGGGUUGCUUUGCUUGUCUGAACCAAAACAAAAUAACCCUGUUGUUGUAUGCAAUCCAAUGACUGGAGAAUUUAUCAAACUUCCAGAAGCAAGCAAGGCUGAGAAACCUAGAGAGAAGAUUGAUUCUGUUCUGAGCUUUAGUCCAAGAACUAAACAAUAUAAGGUGAUAAGAAUUUUAACUCGGCAGAUUUGUGAUCCCAUUAGUGGCAGGAAAGAGUAUGAAGAUAAGGUGGCUGAGAUACACACACUUGGGACUAGAUCGUGGAGAAGGGUGGAAUCCGCUACCUUCAUGCUGUAUGGAAUAAAAUUUCCCACCUACCUGAACGGAGCAGUUAAUUGGUUUCGUCCUAAAUUUCAGAAGGCAGAUUCCAUUAUUUCUUUUGACGUUUUUAAUGAGCAAUUCCAAUUAAUGCCAGCUCCCCCAUAUAAAUAUAACAGUCAUGAUGGAGAGGAUAAAGAUCUCAUAAGCAUGGGUGUUUUAAAUGGCCAUCUCUUCAUAUGUGAUGCAUCUGAGUUUGGCCAUAUUCGCAUAUGGGUGAUGAAGAAGUAUGGUGUCCCAAAAUCUUGGACUAAAGUGUUUUCUAUUGAUACUGAGAAUGAACAACGAUGGCCUCAAGGUUUAUAUCAUCCAUUGAGAAAGUUUAAGAAUGGAGCAGUACUGAUGUACCAUGCUCGUAACUGCCUGCUUUAUUAUGAUCCAACAAGAAAAGAACACAAGUAUUUUAAGGUUCGUGGAAGUGAAUCAAACUUUGAGGUUGCUGUUUGUAUUCCAAGCUUCAGUUCGAUCAAGGAUGCUGUGAUGGGAGACAAUGUAGAGGUGCUGAAUGUCAAAUCAAGGUGUGCAAAAUUCGAGCUACGAGAAGAAGUAAAACCUCUCUUUUUAAUGGAAGAAAUUAGCGAGCUGGCAUCAGAUUUUUAUUCGUCAUCUGAGGAAAGCUGCUGAAUUUGUUCAAUGUCAUGGAGUUCAAAAAAACAUGGAGACUCUUGAGUUAGAUACUUGGAUGCUUUAGAACCUUAGAAUAACCUGUUUUUGGUCUGAGGUUGUUAUUUUGGGCACCUUUUCUUGUUUUGGGACAUUACAAAAAGUUACCUCCUAAUGGUUUUUGUAUAUUGCAUCCAAGGUAUGGCCAGUUAACUCUACACAAAAGGUUUUCUUUUGUUAA